UCCAAGCCAUAUAUAUUUGACCGUGUAUUCCAGUCAAACACAUCACAGGAACAAGUAUACAAUGACUGUGCUAAAAAGAUUGUCAAAGAUGUACUUGAGGGAUACAAUGGUACAAUAUUUGCUUAUGGGCAAACAUCAUCUGGAAAGACACACACUAUGGAAGGGAAGCUUCAUGACCCGGAUGGAAUGGGUAUUAUUCCAAGAAUAGUGCAAGAUAUUUUUAAUUAUAUUUACUCCAUGGAUGAAAAUCUUGAGUUUCAUAUUAAGGUAUCGUAUUUUGAAAUAUACUUGGAUAAAAUAAGGGACCUUUUGGACGUUUCAAAGACCAAUCUUUCUGUUCAUGAGGACAAAAAUAGAGUUCCCUAUGUGAAGGGUUGCACAGAGCGUUUUGUUUGUAGUCCAGAAGAAGUUAUGGAUACUAUAGAUGAAGGAAAAUCAAACCGACAUGUGGCAGUUACAAAUAUGAAUGAACACAGCUCCCGAAGUCAUAGUAUUUUUCUUAUUAAUGUAAAACAAGAGAAUACUCAAACAGAACAGAAACUAAGUGGAAAACUUUACCUUGUGGACUUGGCAGGUAGUGAAAAGGUCAGUAAAACUGGAGCAGAAGGUGCUGUGCUGGAUGAGGCCAAGAACAUCAACAAGUCUUUGUCUGCUCUUGGAAAUGUCAUCUCAGCUUUGGCUGAAAGCAGUACUUAUGUUCCAUACCGUGAUAGCAAAAUGACCAGAAUCCUCCAAGAUUCACUUGGGGGUAACUGCAGAACCACUAUUGUUAUUUGCUGCUCUCCGUCAUCGUACAAUGAGUCGGAAACGAAAUCUACUCUUCUCUUUGGCCAAAGAGCAAAGACCAUCAAGAACACAGUCUGUGUCAAUGUGGAGCUCACUGCAGAGCAGUGGAAGAAAAAGUAUGAGAAGGAAAAAGAGAAGAACAAGACUCUGCGUAACACCAUACAGUGGCUGGAAAAUGAACUCAACAGAUGGCGGAAUGGGGAGACUGUUCCAGUUGAUGAACAGUUUGACAAGGAGAAGGCCAACCUAGAAGCUUUUGCAGUGGACAAGGACAUUACUGUUAUUAAUGAUAAACCAGCUACCACAAUUGGAGUAACGGGCAACUUCACUGAUGCCGAGAGAAGAAAGUGUGAGGAAGAAAUUGCCAAACUGUACAAGCAACUGGAUGACAAGGAUGAAGAAAUUAAUCAGCAGAGUCAGCUAGUAGAAAAACUGAAAACACAGAUGUUGGAUCAGGAAGAGCUUCUAGCAUCGACCAGACGGGACCAAGACAACCUGCAGGCAGAGCUGAAUCGUCUUCAGGCUGAAAAUGAUGCCUCUAAAGAGGAAGUGAAAGAGGUGUUACAAGCCCUUGAAGAGUUAGCUGUCAAUUACGAUCAGAAGUCUCAGGAAGUAGAAGAUAAGGCAAAGGAAUAUGAACUGCUUAGUGAUGAACUCAAUCAAAAAUCGGUCACUUUAGCCAGUAUAGAUGCAGAACUUCAGAAACUUAAAGAAAUGACCAACCAUCAGAAGAAACGAGCAACAGAAAUGAUGGCCUCCUUAUUAAAAGAUCUUGCAGAGAUAGGAAUUGCAGUAGGAAAUAAUGAUGUCAAGCAGCCUGAGGGAACCGGGAUGAUAGAUGAAGAAUUCACAGUUGCAAGGCUGUACAUAAGUAAAAUGAAAUCAGAAGUGAAAACAAUGGUCAAACGUUGCAAACAGUUAGAAGGCACACAAGCUGAAAGCAAUAAGAAAAUGGAAGAAAAUGAAAAGGAGCUGGCUGCCUGCCAGCUCCGUAUCUCUCAGCAUGAAGCCAAGAUCAAGUCAUUGACUGAAUAUCUUCAGAAUGUGGAGCAGAAAAAGAGGCAACUGGAAGAGUCUGUGGACUCCCUUAAUGAAGAACUAGUUCAACUCCGAGCACAGGAAAAAGUCCAUGAGAUGGAGAAAGAGCACUUAAAUAAGGUUCAGACUGCAAAUGAAGUCAAGCAAGCUGUGGAACAGCAAAUUCAGAGCCAUCGUGAGACGCAUCAGAAACAAAUCAGUAGCCUAAGAGAUGAGGUUGAUGCAAAGGAGAAACUUAUCACUGAACUUCAAGACCAAAACCAGAAGAUGAUGCUUGAACAGGAACGUCUUAGGGUUGAGCAUGAGAAGCUGAAAGCGACUGAUCAGGAAAAGAGUAGAAAACUGCAUGAACUCACGGUUAUGCAGGAUAGACGGGAACAAGCGAGGCAAGAUUUAAAGGGUUUGGAAGAGACUGUGGCAAAAGAACUUCAGACUCUUCACAAUCUUCGGAAGCUGUUUGUUCAAGAUCUGGCUACUAGAGUGAAAAAGAGUGCCGAGAUUGACUCGGAUGAUACAGGAGGCAGUGCUGCACAGAAACAGAAGAUUUCCUUCCUUGAGAAUAAUCUUGAACAGCUUACAAAGGUUCACAAGCAGCUGGUACGUGAUAACGCGGAUCUUCGCUGUGAACUUCCUAAACUGGAGAAGCGACUCAGAGCUACAGCUGAGAGAGUUAAAGCUUUGGAGUCGGCUCUGAAGGAGGCUAAAGAGAAUGCUUCUCGUGAUCGCAAACGGUAUCAGCAAGAGGUGGAUCGUAUAAAGGAAGCUGUGAGAUCCAAGAAUAUGGCCAGAAGAGGACAUUCUGCGCAGAUCGCUAAACCUAUCCGUCCUGGCCAGCAUCCAGCAGCUUCUCCAACUCAUCCAAGUGCAAUUCGUGGUGGAGGUGCGUUCACUCAAAACAGCCAGCCAGUUGCACUGCGUGGAGGUGGAGGACGGCAAGACAAAGUUUGCUGAGAAGUGAAUGCUGUGUGAGGAGGAUUGGAUAUUGUGUAGAGGGAGUCAUUCCAUGACAAUAAUAUCUCCCUUUGGGGACUGUAGGAUUAUUUUUUCAAAAUGUAUAAAUUAUACCUGGCCUGUACAGCUCUUUCCCCUUCUACAAAUUCUAACUGAUUCUCCCCCCCAAAAAAAAAAAAAAAAAACAAAAACCAACCUAGAGUGCAAUUUUGGCGUCUUGAAGAAUGACAUGUUACUUAAAGUGUAGCUCUGCUCAUUACACAGUUUGUCUUUCAUGUCUUAAAUUUAGUCUGCACUGUGCCAAGCUGAAUGUACGUUGAGAAAAUCUUAGUUCAAAUUUUCUAGCUUAAUUUGUGUACAUCUUAUUGUC